CUAUAUCUAGAGGCCAAGUUUGAUAGCUCAGGAAGGUGACAUCAAGGAGCAGUAGAUUGGUGAGAGUCAGAGCUGGAAGUCAUCAUUUUCCUAGAAGUGACUUCUAGGCUUCAUACCAUCCAGUUCACUGCUGCUGCCCAAUGAUCUACUGCUUGAAAUCACUCCUAGCACCUACUAUGCAGAAUGUCUUAGUUAAACAAUCACAGUUGCUGCCAGCAACAAAUGGUCAUGGAAGGAAGCUAUGCAUUUUGUAAUGGAUGGUGUACUGAAGAGACUCAUAACCACUGUUAAGCUCUGAAGAAAAAGAGACAAUUGCUGUGGCCCAAUGCAUAGCCACAGAUGGACCUCGAUAUCACCUGCUCAAAGAGUCAGGGAACAUUGUGCAAGAGAGAAAGUAUGAGAGCUGGAGGAAAAGUCAGCGUGUGGUAGAACCAUUUUAUCCAGUUGAAGCAUUCCAUCUUAGAAGGAGGCCCCUUAAGACUUAAGUAAUUGCUAAAACUAACAUGACGUAAUGGUACCUUCCCACAAAGAUAGAGAGAGAAGCAGGAAAGAACUGCCGGGGAAGGAGACUUCAGUGAGCUCAUCUGCCUAGAAGAGAUUCUCCAACUUGUCAAGUUUCUGCUAGCAAGUUCUGAGAGCUCCGUGUUUGCACCUACGGAGUCUUCACAGAAUACUUGUCAGGAAGAAGGAUCUUUGUUAUUUGCUGGUGACGCUUCCUAAUCUUGAACUUUCCAAGCUUCAUAACUGUUUUAUUGAGAAGACAUUCACCUGAAUUUGCUGUUAUCUGUGCCUUGGGUCAGCGCUACUCUGAGGACACGCACUUCCUGCUCUGUCUCUCUGUGCAACUCCGCGGACCCGAUCCGAGCCGAGCCCAAGACCUUCCAAGCGGUUAACCAUGGUGGAGCAGCUGCUGAUACUUCUGUAUGCUCUUCUGGUGAGGCACCGCGCCCUGUGCAUCCAGAACAACCAGCUCCUGAAGCAGCUGCGAAUACUGGUGUGUGAGCGGGCCAGGCUGCUGCGCCAGGUACGUCUGCCAAGCUGUCCAGUGCCCUAUCCCUCACGGUUUAGUGGCGAGAGCGGCCGGCUCCCCGAGUUUGUUGUGCAGACCAUGUCUUACAUGCUUGUGAAUGAGGAGCACUUCUGCAACGACGCCAUGAAAGUGGCAUUCUUGAUCAGCCUCCUGUCCGGGGAAGCCGAGGAGUGGGUGAUGCCUUACAUCGAGUCCAAUAGCUACAUCCUUGGUGAUUAUCGGGCCUUUGUUAAUGAGAUGAAGCAGUAUUUUGGCUGGGAUACCGACGAUGAAGAUGAUGACGAUGAUGACGAGGAGGAUGAUUACUAGGCCAGAGCCCCUUAAGGCCUAGAGUUGGGGUCCUACAAGCCUUCUCCCUCCUACUCCCACCCGCCACUCCUGCUGUUUCGGAGCUCUCCCUUUGCAUCACCAUCCUCUUCCCUGCCAGUUUGUUUGCUCCAUCAUUCUCUUUAGAGCUUGUCUUUGUUCCAGUUACCUGCUGUGAGUUGGGCCUGGACCUUGCUCUAAAACUCACUUCCACCCCCAGGUACCUAUCCUAAUCUGAACUGUGUUUGAGUUCCAGCCAUUUUCCAGGUCCCUAUUAGAACCUGUGAGACCACCUGCAUUCCUGCUGCGGACAUCCACUGGAACUCAGGCCACACAUCCAUCUGCCCAGAAGCAGAUUGCUGACAUUUCACCUCCACUCACCGAAUUUCAUCUGAAGCCAUGCACUUUUCAAGAUAAGGACCGAGAAGAUGAAGACGUUGCUAUACUUGUUCAGACUCUUUGGACAACUCACCAACCCUUGAAGGGGCCAGCCAGUCUUUACAGCCUGGUUAGUUCUGUACUUACUCCCAGGUUCCGCCUCUGCCUGACCAGACUGCUGCAGCAACCUGAUGUGCCUAUCUGACAGUUAAAAUGUUGACAUUUCUUUUCUCCUAUGCAUCAGUUUUGCACAGCUCUUUUCCUUUCAGAACUGCAGCAGCCUCACAGAUGUGUACAUGUGGACAAGGAGUACUAAAAUAAAAGCAAACGGACAGACAUUCAGCCCAGAUCCUUUCAAGUACUUGGAAAAGCAAUGUAAUUCUUUGCAAUAAAUAUCAAGCACUGCAAAACAGAAGCAAAA